GCACCCGCAACACGUGGAUAUAGCAAUCGAAAGAGGAAUAGAAAUAAAUUCCAGGUGUGGGUGGACCUACGUGGUUGACAACAUGUCCAUUGCCACACCACCACCACCACGUCUUCUUCUCCGGCCACUCUCAAACAACCACCCCCACAUUUGUCCAAUCCAUGCAUAUGGGAAUCGACUACUACAACAUCCUCAAAGUCAACCGCAAUGCCACCGACGACGACCUCAAGAAAGCCUACCGUCGUCUCGCCAUGAUCUGGCACCCCGAUAAAAACCCUAACACCAACAAAUCCGACGCAGAGUCCAAAUUCAAACAGAUCUCCGAAGCUUACGACGUCCUCAGCGACCCUCAGAAGCGUCAGAUCUACGAUCUCUACGGCGAAGAGGCUCUCAAGUCCGGCCGCCGCUUCAACAAUAACAAUCACCAGAACCCUAACCCUAAUUUCCGGUUUAACCCUAGGGAUGCUGAGGACAUAUAUGCUGAGUUGUUUGGAGGAUCUGAUGCUGGAUUUAGGAAUGGGGAGAGUUCGUCGGUGAAGAAGGCUCCGGCUGUGGAGAAUGUGUUGGGUUGUAGCUUGCUUGAUCUUUAUAAGGGUGCUAAGAAGAAGAUGAAGAUCUCCAGGACGGUUCUUGAUUCUUUCGGCAAGAUUCGGACUGUGGAGGAGAUCUUAACCAUCGAGAUAAAACCCGGUUGGAAAAAAGGCACAAAAAUUACCUUCCCAGAGAAGGGUAACCAAGAACCUGGUGUCAUAGCAGCUGACCUUGUAUUUAUAAUCGAUGAAAAACCACACGAUAUUUUCACAAGGGAAGGUAAUGAUUUACUGGUAAAUCAAGAAAUAUCACUAUUGGAAGCUCUCACUGGAAAGACGGUCGAACUCACAACUCUUGAUGGAAGACAUUUGGUGGUCCCGGUCACAGAAAUGGUCAACCCAGGGUACGAGCUAACCGUUGCUAACGAAGGAAUGCCGAUAUCCAAAGACCCUAGAAAGAAAGGAAACUUGAGGAUCAAAUUUGAUGUCAGGUAUCCGUCAAGGCUUACUGCUGAACAAAAAUCCGAUUUGAAGAGGGUUCUGGGCGGAAGCUAAAUAUUAAUAUCUUUUUCUUUUUAUUUACUGGAAGUAUAAAAAAGUUCAAAGGUCAAAGUCAUUUUUUUGGAAAGACCCGUGUCAAAAUCGUGUAUAUGAUUCAGUUUGUAACAUCGGUUAGUGAAAACGUGCUCAAAGAAGAAACGGUUUGAGCCAUUGGUUUCACUCGUAUCAUCCCUUGGUGUUUCUUGAUACUUAUUUAAUAUCCGGAGGCCAAUAUAUGAAAUUGAACAGGAUUAAAUUUUCA